GUUGCUUGAAAGCUAAACUAGAUCCCCUAAGUCAACAUUUAGAUACAAAGAUCCAACUCUUUUCAGAUUUCAGUGUGUGUGUGUUGAAAAUUCAAGAGAUAAUUUAGCAAAAACAUAUCCAGUUUUUUACCAUUUGACAAUAUGAGACUUUUUUACCUUUUUCACUGUUUGCUACUACUUGUUUUGAAUCAAACUGCAUUCACCUUCAAUUAAGCAUCAUCUGCGCCUGAUGGUAAUCUUGUUACAAAGCUCCCUGGAUUCAGUGGCAGUUUCCCUUCCAAACACUAUUCUGGCUGAGUUAAAGAUUCAACCUUUAUUUUGUUUCACUGAUUUUUCUUCUCGAUUUCUUCUGUCACACUAUUUGGGUUAGUUAAAGAUUCAAUCUUUUCUUUGUUUUGGUCUUCUUCUCAAUUUACACACAUAGGUGUGUCACCAUCAAUGAGAAGAAAUUAUAUUACUAUUUUGUGGAGUCUGAGAGGAAUCCAUCUAAGGAUCAUGUAGUGCUCUAGCUCAAUGGUGGUCCGGGUUGCUCUAGCUUUGAUGGAUUCAUCUACGAGCAUGGACCCUUCAAUUUCGCGAAGGAGCCGCGUGGUGGCUUCCCCACGCUGCAUCUCAAUCCAUACAGCUGGUCCAAUUCAAUCAUAUUGGUUGCUAAAAAUCUCAAUUCUUCCUUGCACUAGCAGCUCACUAGAUUUUAAUUAAGGUUGACAGUUUGUCAUUCUAAGUCUCUAGUAUGAUAUAUCUAGAAUCCCCGGCUGGUAUUGGAUUAUCUUACUCAACAAACAAAUCCGAUUACACCACCGAAGACCUAAAGACCGCUUCUGACUCUCAUACAUUUCUCCUCAAGUGGUUUGAGCUCUACCCGGAAUACCAGAGCAACCCGUUUUACAUAUCGGGAGAAUCAUAUGCAGGAAUCUAUAUCCCAACUUUGGCUUUUGAAGUAGCUAAUGGAAUUGAUGCUGGUGUGAAGCCUAUCCUCAACCUCAAGGGGUACCUGGUGGGAAACGGAGUUACUGAUGCCGUGUUUGAUGGCAAUUCUUUCGUACCAUUCGCUCAUGGAAUGGGCCUUAUCCCAGAUGAACUCUUUGAGGCAGUCAACUCUGAAUGCAAUGGUGAUUACUACAAUCCAACUGGCCAGAACUGUGGGAACAAACUUGUCAACGUUGAUGAAGCUCUCAAUGACCUAAACAUAUACGACAUUCUUGAGCCAUGCUAUCAUGCCCCGGCAAGUAUCAUUCAACUUAAGAACUCGAGUGUGCCGCCGAGCUUUAGGAAAUUAGGUGAGACCGAAAGGCCUCUACCCGUUAGAAAAAGAAUUUUUGGGCGUGCAUGGCCCUAUAGAGCUCCAGUUAGAGACGGAUAUGUCCCAACAUGGCCACAGCUUCUGAAUGGCGAAAAUGUCCCUUGCACGGAUGAAGAGGUCGCAGACAUAUGGUUAAACAACGAAGCAGUUAGGAAGGCUCUUCAUGCUGACAGCGCAGACCUAACCGGAAGGUGGGAUCUUUGCACAGACCGGAUUUCAUUUCACCAUGAUGCCGGGAGCAUGAUCAAGUAUCACAAAAACCUCACAUCACGUGGUUAUCAAGCCCUUAUAUACAGUGGAGAUCAUGGUAUGUGUGUCCCGUUUACGGGAAGUGAAGCUUGGACAAGAUCGAUGGGAUACAAGAUUAUUGAUGAGUGGAGGCCUUGGUAUGUGAAAGGCCAAGUUAGUGGGUACACUCAAGGCUAUGACUACAAUCUCACUUUCCUCACCAUCAACUCAAGGGGGCUGGACACACCGUGCCAGAAUACAAGCCAACCGAGGCGUUAAGAGUUCUAUUCUCGCUUCCUGGCUGGGGCGAAGAUAUGAAACACAACCCUGCCUUCGUAUGGGACGAAAGUAGUACUAUAUCUAUUUACUAUUCGAUUCUUCAAGUUCUCAUUCUUGAUUGAUGAUUGGAGAAAAUAUUUCAGUUAUUAUGUAGGGAAAUAAUGGAUUUAUGUGCCACAAAACGAGUGUUUAGUAGUACUAUUACUUAUACUAGGAAGAAUCUGAUAUAUUAUGACUUCGAAUUUAUAAUAAAUGUUACUUUUUCAUCUA